GUCGGAACAACGGAGUUCUAUCGUCGGUCGGCGAAAAAUCCAAAAUUUCCACCAUAUUUGCUGUGAAAAUUACCCAGCGCUACAUUUUAUUUACGUUUGCCGUGCCAGUGAAAUAUAACAGUGGCUAAGGUGACGCCGUUCCCGAGUAUGUCUUAUUCCGCAAGGAAUAAGUUCGAAAUCGCUCGGUUUUCGGGCGAGGAUGACAACCAUAUAAACAAAAAGCUGCCAAAAGAGUUACUUCUAAGGAUACUGUCAUACUUGGAUGUAGUGUCACUAUGUAGAUGCGCACAGGUAUCAAAACUAUGGAACAUAUUAGCACUAGACGGCUCAAACUGGCAACGAAUAGAUUUAUUUGACUUUCAGACUGAUGUAGAGGGUCCAGUAAUAGAAAACAUAUCCCAGCGCUGUGGGGGCUUCCUGCGACAGCUGUCGCUGCGGGGCUGCGAGAGCAUAGCGGACGGCUCCAUUAAAACACUAGCACAGUCAUGUCCGAACAUAGAAGAAUUGAAUUUAAACAAAUGUAAAAAGGUAACAGACCAGUCCUGCCAGGCUUUGGGGAGGAAAUGCAGCAAACUACAGAAAAUAAACUUGGACUCUUGUCCUAGUAUAACAGACAUAUCGUUAAAAGCCCUCUCGGAUGGAUGUCCGCUUUUAACUCACGUGAACGUGUCAUGGUGUCAGUCCAUCACGGAGAAUGGCGUGGAGGCUCUGGCGCGAGGCUGUCCCAAACUCAAAAGUUUUAUAUGCAGGGGUUGUAAAAAUGUGAACGACAAGGCAGUAUCCUGUCUCGCCACGUACUGCCCUGAUUUAGAAGUACUGAAUGUGCAAGGUUGUGAAAACCUCACGGACGAGUCCAUCUCGAGGCUGGGGGACGCCGUGCGGCGGCUGUGCGUGUCGGGCUGCGCGCUGCUGAGCGACGCGGCGCUGGCGGCGCUGGCCGGCGCCUGCCCCGACCUGGUGACGCUGGAGCUGGCGCAGUGCGCGCGCCUCACGGACGCCGGCUUCCAGGCCUUGGCCAGGAGCUGCCGAAUGCUGGAGCGUAUGGAUCUAGAAGAGUGCGUGUUAAUAACUGACGCCACCCUAGUGCACCUCGCGAUGGGCUGUCCUAGACUAGAAAAAUUGACGCUAUCCCACUGCGAACUCAUCACGGACUUCGGCAUCAAGCAGUUGUCAAUGUCACCGUGUGCGGCUGAGCACCUCACCGUACUUGGGCUGGACAACUGCCCGCUGGUGACGGACGGCGCGCUCGAGCACCUCAUCUCGUGCCACAACCUGCAGCUCAUCGAGCUGUACGACUGCCAGAUGGUCACCCGGAACGCGAUACGCAAGCUGAGGAACCACCUCCCGAACAUAAAAGUGCACGCCUACUUCGCGCCCGUGACGCCGCCCGUCACUGGCGGCGGCGCCAGGCCGAGGUACUGCCGAUGUUGCAACAUUAUAUGAGGCGUGUAGACCCUGUAUAUGUAUAUAUACACUAGACAUAAUACAUAGGUACAUUGUAUGUUCUGUGUACAUGUUACUGUGCAUGUCCGAUAUUAAAGUCCGCCCGUUGAAAGUAUGUUUUCCUGACAUCUCUCUUGGUCUCAUAACUUUGUAACAAAUAUUUGACCGAACUUCGUAAGACCGCAGUAUGGUUUUAAAAAAAUAUAUUAUUCUCUUAUUAUUAUUAACACUAUCCACCCGCACUAUUUAUUUGACACGAGUGACUUAGUCCGCGUUUAUCUCGACUUUUUAAAAAUCCUCGUAAGUUAUCCCGAGAUAAAGAGUAUCUCCGUCUGUGUCCGAGAUGCCCAAUGCAAAUAUCUGCAAGAUCCUGUGAAGAACGUCACCUUGUACCUUUUUUGGGAUACUUAGUAUCCCGCUUUCAUCACCAUGCUAUUUCAUGAAGGUCGGUGCAUUGAAUGAACCGAACAAAGUUAAGAGUAAAAAUAAACAAACAGUACUUUUUUCGCAUUUAUAAAUUAAAUGUUACCUCGUCCAUUUGAUUAAAACAUGUCAGGAAAGCGGGCAAACUAUAGUAGACGUUAUAUCGGACAUUCUCACAACUUUUACACUCGACAUGAUACGUUUAGGGCGCAGAAAAACGAGACAUGCAGUUAUUUCAAGAAUUUCCUUGUAAUUGGAUAAACCGUUGCCUAACGUGCUCUCCGAGGCAAGAGGGGUAAAAAGGACAAAAUUUAACCUCCCUUACACCAACCGGCUUCAUACCGAAUUGGAUCUUCGCAAUAGAUAUAUUCGUAUAGUCAUAACGAUACAAUAAAAGCUCAAAUUUAUUCACAUUACUAGAACCGUUUGUAAAAUAAUAAUCGCCAGUACAGAAUUAUCCACUCUAAACUGAGAGGCAUUAAGGUCAUUUUACAUUAACGUUUUAGUGUUCCGAGGCUCUAAAACAACGUAACGAUUGCAAACUUGAAAAUCUCAAACUGCGAAAGAUCUAGUGAUAUAACGAAAUGCCUAAACUAUCUUACUUUUGAGUGAAAUCGCGAGAUGGUGACAACAAAUAUAAUACUCGGGGUAAAGCAAGACAAGUCGGGGUUUGGUGACAACCGAGAAUUUGAGAAAUCAUUGGUAUAUGUAAAAAUACCGUUGAAAGUAAAGAUAAGAGUAUUGCAGAGCUCUGAUUUGUGAUAUUGCAACUGCGUUUUGUGCCGUCAAAUUUGACACCUUAAAGAAUAAAAAAAAUAGACGACACAAAGACGUGCUGUAAAAUUUUAUGAGUAGUGUAGUAAAGUUUAUUGUAAACUUCACGUCUUAAAUAUCCAGUAUUGUACACUACUUGUAUGACUCUAGACUUCAUAAUAUAUAUUUACAUAUUGGGAGUAGAGUAUUGUAUUGUAAAUGAAAUUUCUUAGAUAUAUAAUAUACUGCACUACUCCUAUUUAUCUAGACUUCAUAAUAUAUAUUUUUUUAACAUUAAGUUAAGUAAUACAAUGUCACAGUGAUUAUUAUUUUUCAUAAAAAAAUCCUGUAAAAUAGAUAAGUUAUAUAUCUGCAGCCCGACAUAAAAUAAGAAGGUCUUGUGAAUGAGCAAUUUUAAAGUUUUUUUUACGUGCACACAUCUGCACAAUGCCUGUUGCGUGUACACGCUGACACGAUAUAUUUGGCGUGUACACAGAGACAUGAUGUAUUUUGCGUGUACACAAACGUUGCACGUACUUUUCCUUGUUCUAUUAAACUAAUGCGUUUAGAAUAUACGCUUAAAUAUAACUAAUGUGUAUCAAACAGCCUUAAACUUAAAAAUCGAUUUUAUAUUAAAUCGAUUAUUUAAUCGACUCGUGUAAGGAUUAUUAUAUGUUAACGUAGUUUAAUAGACAUAAAUAUAUGUUAGAAAUGUGAUGAAAACUAAUUUUUAACUAACCUUAGCCCGAACCGAUGGACGUUGCUGGACAAAUGUCUUUUGUACUGUGUCACGACGUUCCAUUUUUUGGAAGGUUCGCCAACGCUGUCUUUCAGGUAGCCCAACAACUUGAGAGUCCAACGUCCAUCGGCUCAGGAAUUGACAAACUUAUGUGGUAAACUGUUUUAAUUUAUCAUUUUAGUAAUGGCAUUUUUAAAUAAUGAGUGAUGAAUUCGCGAUUAGGUUAAGAACUAACUUACGACUUGUUGUUUCAAAAUUGUCUGUCGAAUUUCUUCAUGCACACGACAAAGACACAUUAACGAUAACGUAUUGCUAUUUGUAAAGGAGGAUACAGAUUUAUAACAAGCCACGCGAGUCAAAACGUAGGCAGUCUGACACAGUAUGAGAUACAACCCAUAAACGCGACUGGUUGUAGAAAUUAUGUUAUAUCAUAAAAAGGUAACGUCUCAUCUGGUUACAUGGCGUGUUAUUAGUAUGUUUAUAUCUUAAAUGUUACUUAUGACAAUAU